GACAGCGCAGAGCACUGUUGCUGAUUCUAGUGAUGCUCAUGGGUUUGCCCUAUGGGCGGUUCGCACCUCAUCAUCUUCGUCAUCAUUGCCACAACAUCGUGAAGGUCUUGGUAUACACAAUAUGUACCUUCGUGUGCAUAAAAAACCAGGUUGAGUCUUGUCUCGCGUCUCACAACGUAUCUGACCACGCGACAACGAUGAGGUUCGAUCUGCAAUUACUGCUUUUGAGCAUCUGCUCCUGGACGAUCAGUGCCCACUCCCUGGUUGGUGCCGGAGUUGGAGGAGUCGCUGGAGUGGCUGGAGUUGGCGGUGGAUUUGUCCAGCAAUCGCCAUACAUCCAACAAGUGCCCGUCGUGCAACAAGUGCCCAUUGUGCAACAGAUUCCCAUUGUGCAGCAGCCGCAGCCGCAGCCGCAGGCCUUGGGACUAGCCGGGGGUGGGCUGAUAGGAGGCGGAAUCGGCGGCGGCGUUGGCGCAGCAGCUGGCUUUGGACGCUAUCGGGAGAGCUACCGGGUGAGAGGGCGUGGCCUUGGUGGCGGAUUCCGUGCUCGCUACGACAAGAAGAUUGGCGGUGGCUUUGCGGGCUUUGGAGCAGCAGCGGGAGCCGGGGCAAUAGGUGGAGCAGGCGGCGGUCUACUAGGCUAAGUGUUAGUGUGUUUUAGAAUAAAUAAAUCAAUAAUAGCAAA